GAUUAUUUUAUAAAAGAUUUAUAUUAUGUAUUUUACAAUAUGAUUAAUGGCGUAUUUUAGCACAAAUUAAAUAAAAUCAAUUUAUUAUAACAUGGAGACGGAAAAUGCUAUAAAAGUGAAAUUUAGUAUAAAGAAGGAAAUCGACAAUGAUGAUGUGAAUAAUUACUACAAAAAAAACAAAGCAUUUCAGGAAAAUCUUUUACAAAAGAAACAAGUAAAAAAGAAAAAAAGAAAAUUUAAAAUAGAAGAAACUGAGGAUUCAUUAAAAAAAAAGCAAUUCAAACAAGUUAGUAGCAAUGUCUCUGUCGAUAUGAUAAUCCCAAAAGAAGAGCCUAUCAAUGAGAAGGAAGAAAUUCCAAAGAAACCAUCCAAAAGGCAGUUGAAAAGGGAAAAAGUUAUCCAAGCGGCUGUUCAAAAAAGGGAAAGUAGCAGAAUAAAUGCCAUGCAGAAGGCAUUGAAUUAUGUAUCUAUGUGGAAACAUUCUAGAAGCGAAUGGAAAUUCGAGAAACUUAAACAGAUUUGGUUAAUGGAUAAUUUAUUGGAUAAAAACUCCAUUCCUGAUGCGAUUUUUCCUCUUGUUCUUGAAUAUUUUGAAGGUUGCAAAGGCAUGGCACGUGAAGUAUUAUUACGAAAAGGAAUGGAUAUUAUAAGAAAAGCUGAGGAAGAGAAAGAUGAUCAAGAAGAAAUCAAAAACGAAAUUACAGAAUCAACUGCUUACAAGCGAGCAAGACAACUUUUGCAAACUUUACCAACUGAUAAAUAAUUUUGUCUGAAGAAAUUUUAUUAAUAAAAGAGCGUUAAAAAACUA